AUGUGUCAGGACAUAGAGCGGGGCCGGAAGAAGACCUGGGAAGAGCGCAUUGAGCCAGAUGUUGUAAAGUGUGAUUCUGGAUGGCAGAAUUAUGGCACAAACUGCUACCGUCUGACUAGAGAGAAAAAGAGCUGGCAGGAAGCAAAGAAGACAUGUGUGCGGAAUGAGGGCAACCUCAUCAGCAUCCAUAGCCUACUAGAACUGGAAUUUGUCACCAAUCAGAUAAAACAAGAUGUUGAAGAGCUGUGGAUUGGACUCAAUGAUAUCAAGCACCAGAUGAAUUUUGAAUGGUCAGAUGGGAGUGCCGUCACCUUUACGUCAUGGCAUCCUUUUGAGCCUAACAACUUCAGGGAUAGCAUGGAAGACUGUGUUACCAUCUGGGGACCGGAGGGUAAAUGGAAUGACAGCCCUUGUAAUCAGACCCUUCCAUCUAUCUGCAAGAAGCCUGGACAAGCCACACAAGGGACCACUGAGGACCACCAAGGUCUCUGCCAAAAGGGCUGGAGCUGGCACAGUCCAUCUUGUUACUGGCUCAGCGAUGAGGAAUUGACAUACAAUGAAGCUAUUAAAUCUUGUUCUGAUCGUGCCUCUAGAGUGGUCGUUAUCCAGAACAGGUUUGACCAGGCUUUUGUUAAUAGUCUUCUAUAUGAGUCUGAUGGGAAAUAUUACUGGACAGCGCUUCAGGAUAUGAAUCGCACUGGAAUUUUUCGCUGGUAUGGUGGGGAAGAAGUGAUUUACACUCACUGGAACAGAAAUGAACCCGGUUACGAUAAAGGGGGAUGUGUUGUGUUGGCUACUGGAAGGUCUCUUGGUUUGUGGGAGGUAAAGGACUGCAAUUCAUUCAGAUCAAAGUACAUCUGUAUGCAGACUCUUCUCCCAAUGGUCCCUCUGUUACCUGCAGCCCGGCCCACACCUAGCGUUAAUGGAAGUUGUCCUGAUGACUGGAGCUCUGCACCCAAUCUAAGGCAUUGCUAUAAGGUCUUUCAUUCAGAGAAUCUGAGGGAUAAAAAGACUUGGAGAUCAGCUCAGCUAUCUUGUCGGGAAAUUGGGGCUCAGUUGCUUAGUAUCUCCAGUGUUGAAGAGGAGCAUUAUGUUGCCCAUCUACUGAACAAAAUCUUUGGGGAAUCAGAUUCUGAAGUCCAUGAACAACACUGGUUUUGGAUUGGCCUUAGCCGAGGAGAUCCCAGUGGUGACCAAAGUUGGGUCUGGAGUGAUGGACAAGGGUAUGCGUACCAUAACUUUGACCGCAGCAAUCAGGAAAAUGAUGACAUCAGGAGAUGCGCAGUGUUAGACCUUUCAACCCUGCAGUGGGUGGCUCUUGAAUGUGAGUCUCAGACAGACUGGAUUUGCAAGCUUCCUAAAGGAACAGGUAUUAAAGAGCCAGAUGUUCCCAAAGGAAACACAGAGUGGGUCAAAUUUGAAAGUGCAGAGUAUAAGUUUUUCGAGCAUCGCUCCACAUGGCUGCAGGCUCAGCGGAUUUGCACGUGGUUUAAGGCUGAGUUGGUGUCUGUUCACAGUCAGGGAGAUCUCGAUUUCCUGGGGCAAAAUCUACAAAAGUUCUCCCGGGGACAGGACCAGCACUGGUGGAUUGGGCUACACACUUAUGAAAACGAUGCAAGAUUUAGAUGGUCAGACAGGUCUGUGCUCAAUUUUGUAAAUUGGGCUCAAGGACGGCCAGGUCGCAUUACUAGAGAGAAGAAAUGUGUAUACACAAUGGCCAACCGUGAAUGGGGUGAUCAGAAAUGCAUCACUGCCCUGCCCUAUAUCUGUAAAAGGAGCAACGGAUCGGCAACGCCACUACCCACCCUACCACCUCUACCAUCACCCAAUGCUGGAGGAUGCCCGAAGGGCUGGCUGCCAUUUCUGAACAAGUGUUUUGGAGUGAGGGCAGACAGUAAGGUUGACAUCAAGACGUGGCAACAGGCUCGAGAUUCCUGCAAAAUUCUUUCUGCUGAAAUUGCCACAAUUGACAACUACUUGGAACAAGCUUUCAUUACAUCCAUUCUUCCAAAUAUUACCACUGACCUUUGGAUUGGCCUUCAUAAUGGUCGACAAAGAUUCCAGUGGGAGGAAGGCCAGCCAUUGUCUUAUGUGAAUUGGGCUCCAGGUGCCCCAUCCAGACAGAGCGCAUCCAAUGGCAAGAUGAUUAGCUGUGCCGCAGUAUGGCAUGGUUCACCACCUCUGUUUACCGGACGAUGGGAAGACAAACUCUGUCUGGAAAAGUAUGGCUACAUCUGCCAGAUAAACAAAGUGGCCGCUCUCAGCCCUCCUGCAGAGCCAUUUCCAUUUCCAACUGGCUCUACUCUGCGCUACAGGAACAAUUCUUACCUGAUUCUGCAAAAACCAAUGACUUGGUCAGAUGCCCGACUCCUGUGUGAGACUCGCAACGCUACCUUGGCCAGUAUCAUCGAUCCAUUCCAACAGGCUUAUUUGACCUUGGCAGCCGUCGGUCAGAAAACCCCUCUGUGGAUUGGGCUAUCAAAUGAAGAUGGUAGUCGAACAUACUCUUGGCUCACAAAUGAUGGGUUAUCGUACACCAACUGGAAAGAAGGAGAACCCCAGUAUAUAAGUAGCUGUGUGUAUAUGGAUGAGCAGGGAACAUGGAGCCUGGCCAAUUGUGCUCACAAAUUGCCUGGAGCUAUCUGUAGCUUCAAUACUCCAUCAUCCAAACCUCACAAGUGGAGCUUGAAUAGCACUUGCCCUAACUCAAUAGGUGACUCUGAUUGGAUCGCAUUCCGUGACUACUGCUACUCCUUCCACAUGGAGGUUAAUGUGGGUCAGAAGGAUGCAGCCAAGAGAUGCCAGAAAGUCGGAGGCGAGGUGCUGACCAUUGUUGAUGAGACGGAAAACUUAUUUGUAUGGGAGCACCUGCAGACAUAUGAGAGUCAGUCCAAGGGGGCCUGGCUUGGCAUGUCCUUCAGCAUCAAAGAAGGUUCCCUUGUAUGGAAUGAUAACACUCCAGUAAAUUACUCCAAUUGGGGAAGACAAGACUCAGGUCCCAGUCUACUGAGCCCAAACUCUUGCUACUGGAUUGAAGGGAGCAAUGGAGUGUGGAGCCUGGGUUCCUGCACCAACAUCAGCAAGGGGGUAAUUUGCAAAUUAUCUAGAGCAGAAGAAACCAAAUUGGACAGAUCUGUUCUACCACCGCACAGCACUGCAGUGGCGGUUGUAGUGCUCUCCACCUUCGCACUGUGUAUCUUAAUCGUUGUCAUCAUCUACCUGUACCGCCGCAGGAAGCUCGCAGCUCAGCAAGGAGCUUUCGAGAGUGCCAGAUACAGCCGCACCAGUACCGGCCCAGAUGGAUCAAUCGACAAAAACAUUCUGGUGUCGGAUAUGGAAAUGAAUGAACAACAAGAUUAAUAAAGAGGGAGAACAGCCAUCAGGAAAAAAAAACUUUUCAUUUUUUCAACCACUGAGGUGGUGUUUGAUAACAGAGGGUGCAGGAUGCCCCCUUCCGAAAUUGAAUGUGUACAUUGUCAGUGUUAUUUGGGGGCUGUUGAGCAUUGCUGAGCAAUGUAUUGCAAGUUACUCCGACAUCAAGAAGCCAUAAUUAUGGGCAAGAACCCUGAAAACAGUCCCCUUGUGCCAUCUCAUAUCACCCCACAUAGGAAAUCUAGCUCAAGAUGCGUUCACUCUUAGAAGCAAAAGACAAUAAAUAUGGGGUAUUGGGGUAAGUCUCACUGGCAGUGUACAUGUGUACUGUUAGCUUAGGACCAAAAUGACUGCCAUAUUGCUCUCUAUAUCAUUUUGUAAAUUCUCUGUAUUUCUUCUCGUCUGUUUACUCUGCCUGUGACAUGUCAUUAUCCAGUAGAUUAUUCUCUUUAUCGUAAGCUUUUUUUUUUGUAAAAUACAGACCAAAAAUGUGCCUGGUGCCCGUGCUGGGUGGGAAAUUUUAUACUACACUUUGCCAGCAAUUGUAUUAAAUUGCUCAUAGAAGCUAAGAGUGAACGCACCUUGAUAAAAGCUCAUCUCACAAACCAAAUGAAGUGUCUCAGGUGGUGUACGGAGCAUGUAGGUUAUCUCCUCUCUGCGGUGAUGCCAUGGCGAGAGAGAGAACGUUUUUCCCCAAUACCUCCAUCUCCCAUUCAUGUGCCAAUGUUUGGACAUCUUCUGGAACAAAGGAUCGACAUAGUCCAGGGUCCCAUAUGCAAGAGCACUAUGUGCUAAAUUCCAGGGGCUUUAGACAUAAAGAGGACUAUAUAUGUAUGCCCAUAUGUCCAGGCCUGGCAUAUAGGUAUAUGGCCAAUGACAAUAAACGUGAACGCAAUUACUUGUAAUAUUAUCUCUUAUUUGUUUGAUGCGUGGGUGAAUUUAUAUCCUGUUGCUUUAGGUCUUGUGUCAGCAAUGUGACUCACACUUUGCAACAUUUUUGUCUCUUCUGGCGAGACAGUGAAUCAUUUCAU